CUUGUUCUUUUUCCUGGAAUUCUUGUUGACAAAUUUGUUUCGGAUGCUUCAAGAUGGACCACGACCACAGUCCAGAUACCGAAAAUAAGGAGUCUAUCCAAUACAAGGAGAGUACAGGACAUGCCCUGACUACAAUUCCUACGUCGGUGACCUUGUCACCUGAGCAGUUCGAGAAGCUCUACUUGACUCCAAUGACACGCCGCCAGCCUGACUUUGCCAAGCGAGUUGGAAAUCCGACCCCCUUAGCUCUCGGUGGGUUUGUCAUCACUACAACCCCAAUCUCAUGUUGUUUAAUGGCCUGGAGAGGGGCGAGUGGGAACGGGGUGGCUUUCAUCGGACCGAUCGUUUUCCUCGGGGGCUUGCUGCUGCUUAUCACCAGUAUUCUUGAAUUCAUACUCGGCAAUACUUUUCCCUGCGUCGUUUUCGGUACCAUCGGAGGGUUCUGGUUCGCCUUUGCAGCUACAAUGAUUCCCGCAUUCAAUGCAGCCGCCCCCUAUUCUGCGUCAACCACCGAUACGGUAGCCGGACUCUCCAGUGCAGGCUUUAUGACCACCUACGCUUUUCUAUUCGUCACCAUGGCCGUACUUAUGCUGAUAUUUAUGAUUUGCGCCACACGUACCAAUAUUGUGUAUACACUGAUCUUUUUGACACUGCUGGUGGUUUUCCUGCUUCUAUCAUCUGCCUAUUGGCUGCUGGCGGAAGGAAGUCUUUCUGCUGGUAACAAAUGCGUCAAAGGAGCGGGGGCUUCGCUCUUUGUUGCAAGUCUGCUCGGCUUCUACCUGCUGAUUGUCCAGUUGUUCGAGGCACUGGGAUUCCCGUUCCGCUUACCCGUUGGAGACCUGGCGGCCCUUUGGGACCGAAGUAUACCAAACGACACUAUGCGUGAUAUUGAAGAAUCUGCAGCCGUUAUUCAGAAGUAAACUGAGUAAAAAGGGUACGAUAUAUGCUAUUCCACUGGGUUACGUUCAAAUGACAAAACCUCGGGAUUUUGGUCUGGG